ACAGUGGAAGAUGUACCUGAUGAUGAUCUUAACAUUUUACAUCAAUGGAAGGGAACAUCAAAUGCUAUGAAGACACUUCCAAAAGAUUUGUACAUAAAUACCGCUACAAUCCCCAACGCAGGCAGGGGUGUUUUUACAAAGAAAAAAGUUGAAAUUAACACUCGUUUUGGACCAUACAGAGGAGAGGUACUUUCGCUUAAAGACGCAGAGGAUGGAAGAGAUCCUGCGUAUAUGUGGGAGAUUGUACAAGGAGGAAAGGUUGUAUAUUGCAUUGAUGGUAAGGAUCUUGCUCAAGGUAAUUGGAUGAGAUUUGUGAAUUGUGCAAGAUUUGAAGAAGAACAAAAUAUAAUUGCUUAUCAAUAUAAUGGUGAUAUUUACUACCGAGUUUAUAAAGAGAUUGAAGCCGAUAAAGAAUUGCUUGUUUGGUAUGGAGAUGAGUAUGCUGAACAGUUGGGAAUAUCGUUGUUUGAUGAGGAAGAUAAUGACAAACAUCAGUUUGAAGUUGGAGGUCACAGCUGUAGACACUGUGGAAGGAUGUAUACUUAUCCCGAUUAUUUAAAGAAACAUUUAAAACGAUGUCCAAUGCUUGUUUGUACGAAUCCCUGGGAAUGUCCACGUUGUGGUCGAAAGUACAGUAGUGAAGACUAUCUAAAUGUUCACAUAAAAAAUGAAUGCGGAAAAAAUCCACCAUUAAAACGACAUGUGAGGGUUCAAACAGGAGAGAAACCUUAUCAAUGCAAACAUUGUGGUAAAACAUUUAGACAUCUUUCUACAUUAAAUGAACAUGUUAGGAUACAUACUGGAGACAAACCUUACCAAUGUGAAAAUUGUGGUAAAAGAUUUACACUGCUUGGUAACUUAAAACGUCAUGGUAUGAUACAUACAGGAGAGAAACCUUAUAAAUGUGAACAUUGUGGUAAAACAUUUUCACAGAAAGAUGACUUGAAUAGACACCUUAGGAUACAUACAGGAGACAAACCUUACCAAUGUGAAAAUUGUGGUAAAACCUUUACACUGCUUGGUAGCUUAAAACGUCAUGGUAUGAUACAUACAGGAGAGAAACAUUAUAAAUGUGAACAUUGUGGUAAAAUAUUUUCACAGAAUUUGGAUUUGAAUAAACACCUUAGGAUACAUACAGGUGAGAAACCUUAUCAUUGCGAGUAUUGUGGUAAAACUUUUACAGCGAGUGAUAGCUUGAAGAUACACCUUAGGAUACAUACAGGAGAAAAACCUUGUCAAUGUAAACAUUGUGGUAAAACAUUUACCGACAAUAGUGCCUUGAAUAGACACGUUAGGAUACAUACGGGAGAGAAACCUUACCAAUGUGAACAUUGUGGUAAAAUAUUUACAGAGCAUGGUAACUUAAAACGUCACAUAAAGAUACAUACAGGAGAGAAACCUUAUCAAUGUAAACAUUGUGGUAAAACAUUUACCGACAAUAGUGCCUUGAAUAGACACGAUAGGAUACAUACGGGAGAGAAACCUUACCAAUGUGAACAUUGUUGUAAAAUAUUUACAGAGCAUGGUAACUUAAAACGUCACAUAAAGAUACAUACAGGAGAGAAACCUUAUCAAUGUAAACAUUGUGGUAAAACAUUUACCGACAAUAGUGUCUUGAAUAAACACCUUAGGAUACAUACAGGUGAGAAACCUUAUCAUUGCGAGUAUUGUGGUAAAACUUUUAUAGCGAGUGAUAGCUUGAAGAUACACCUUAGGAUACAUACAGGAGAAAAACCUUAUCAAUGUAAACAUUGUGGUAAAACAUUUACCCACAAUAGUGCCUUAAAUAGACACGUUAGGAUACAUACGGGAGAGAAACCUUACCAAUGUGAACACUGUGGUAAAAUAUUUACAGAGCAUGGUAACUUAAAACGUCACAUAAAGAUACAUACAGGAGAGAAACCUUACCAAUGUGAACAUUGUGGUAAAAUAUUUACAGAGCAUGGUAACUUAAAACGUCACAUAAAGAUACAUACAGGAGAGAAACCUUAUCAAUGUAAAUAUUGUGGUAAAACAUUUACCUACAAUAGUGUCUUGAAUAAACACAUUAGGAUACAUACUGGGGACAAACCUUAUCAAUGUGAACACUGUGGCAAAAGAUUUGCAACGCGUGGUAGCUUCAUUCGACACGUAAAGAUUCAUGCUGGUAAGAAAACUUUAUAAUGUGGAUAGAUAUUUACAAGGAUUGAUUGACAGUAACGUUUACAAGAAGAGGAGGAGUGGGCUUAGCCCUCACAUUCAA